AUGCAUCCCCGCCUCCCCGCCUCCCCGCCUCCCCGCUCGCAGGACUACCCAGCCUGCCGCACCUCCCUGGGGCUGCUGGUGUCCAACGAGACGUUCUACCCGGCGGCGAUCCGCGCGGCAGAGCAGCUGGUGCGGGACAGGGGCAUGGCGCGCCUGGUGGUCAUUAACCGGGCCAUGGACGCGGGCAUCGACCCGAAGAAGCGGCACUUUGCCUCCGAGCAGCGACGCAGGCGGGCUGUGCUUGCGCGGCUGCGUAACCUGGCGGUGUCUGUCGCCCUGGAAUUGGAAGAGGCGGUCCUGUGGGUCGAUGCUGACAUCACCUUCAUGCCGAACCACACGCUCUCUACACUGGUGGCCAGCGGCAAGGACAUCGUGACCACCAUCACCAAGGGGGCCAAAACUUCGUCCCAGGCACGGCCCGUGGCGGGCGUGUCAAAGUUCCCAGACGACCUGGAGGGGAGCCCCGAGCCGUUUGUCCCGCUGGACUCUGUCGGCGGCUGCACCACCCUCGUGCGCGCCGACGUGCACCGAGAGGGCGCCCUGUUCGCGCCCUACUACCUGAUAGGGGCGUCCUGGAAGGGCGACGGCUACGACGGGGUUGAGUCCGAGGGCCUGUGCUAUGCGGCGCGCUACCUCGGUCGCACGUGCUGGUUGGCCACGAAGCUGGUCACCUAUCACCAGUCAUACUGGGUGGCACCCACCUCCUGGUACCAGGAUCGACGUAAUGCAAAAUGA